GAGCAAUUGGUGGUGUUGAGCAAUUUAAAAUUGAAGCAUGGUUUGGUGUGUAUGCUCACGCGCUCAAGGCGUCUACCCCUUGAGCCGAUUGACAUGGAAAUAGAAGCCGCCUAUAGAAAGAGAAGAGGGCAAAGGAGGAGAGCACGAGCUCAACAUCUAGUUGAGCCAAUGGAAAAAUCCAAAUGGAAACAAUGAGGGAGUUCCCUCUCCACCUCCACCUCUAUUGAAUCAAGACUAAAUCAUUCUCCAACUACAACAAGAAAUGGCGGAGAUGAGAAGGGAAAUAGAGGAAAGGAGGCGAGAGGCACCGGUUAGGGAUGCAUUUGGGAACGUCAAUAUCCCAAUUUCACCCUAUGAUACAAGAGUGAAUGCCAACAAUUUUGAGUUGAAGACGACAUUGAUUCAAUUUGUGGAGCAACGUGUUUUCUCGGGAAGGCCCAUGGAGGAUCCUAAUAGGCACUUAGCUAAAUUCUUAGAGAUUGCCAAUACAACUAAGCUUAAUGGGGUUCCCGACGAUACAAUCAAGCUUAGACUAUUCUCAUUCUCAUUGUCGAGAUAUGCUAGAGAUUGGUUUGAUAAUCUUGAGCCGAGCUCGGUUACAAGUUGGGACGACUUAGCCCAAAAGUUUUUGGAUCGAUUCUUCCCUCUAAGCUCCACUCUCAACCUUCAAGAGGGGAUCUCCCACUUUAAAAUGAAGGUCCAAGAGUCUAUGUUCGAGGCUUGGAAGAGAUUCAACAUCUUGUUAAAGAAAUGUCCCAACCAUGGGCUAUCUCCGGGCCAUCAAGUGAGCCUCUUCUACAAUGGAUGCUCGGAGUUUACCAAGAGUCAAUUAGACUUUGGCUCGGGGGGAUCAUUCUUGGACAAGGGGGUCGAUGAGUACAAGAAGAUGCUUCAAAGGUUUGCCUAUACUAGCAAGGGUUGGAGCUCGGGCCUAGUUGGUUCAAUGCCGGUAGCUUCGGUCGUGGAUUCAGAUGCAUUCAAUCUUCUCAACCAACAAAUGAUGUUGUUGAAUCAAAAGGUGGAUGGCCUUAGUUUGGGGGUGGCACUCAUGGGAGAACCUCAACCGAACAUUGAAGAUGUCAAUUACAUACAUCAAGGGGGAAAUCAAAGGAAUUUUAUCGCCCUAACAAUGGGGGUGGUAAUUAUCAAGGCUGCCGUCCACCCUUCAACGCGUAUCCAAACAUUUCAUAUGGGAAUCUGAGUAAUGCUACCCAACCACCUCCACCUCCCGGAUUUGGAGCACCAAGUGGGGCAGCCAAUGUACCCGGCACUUCAAAAUAUCAAGUGAUCUCAUUAAUGAGCUUUUGAAAGCUCUCAUGGAGAAGACCGAUGGGAUCAUGACACACUCCACCAUGAGGGUUGAUAAAGUGGAAACCGCGGUAGUGGAGGUCACCACAAGAUUGGGAGCCUUAGAGCACCAAGUGAGUCAAAUUGCCCAAGCCGUGGGACAAAUACAUCAACCGAGGCAAUUCCCAAGCACUACAAUUCCAAAGCUGAAAGAUUGCAAGGCAAUCUACUUAAGGAGUGGGACUAGCUAUAAGAGUCCUCCUAUGCCCGAGGUGGAAGCUAAGGAAGUGCCCGAAGAGAAAGAAGAAUAGGAGAUAGGUGUGGAAUCACCUAUUAUGCAAUCUGAGGUUCAACCCGAGGCAAUUGUUCCUCCCAAGCCAAAAGAGGUUAAAAUUCCAUUUCCUCAAGUGGUGCAAAAGAAGAAUUUGGAUGAGAAGUUUGUUAAGCUCCUUAAGAUCUUCAAGAGGGUGCACCUCAACAUACCUCUUAUUGAGGCCCUCCAACAAAUGCCCGAUUACCUCAAAUUCUUGAAGGAGAUAAUGUCAAAGAAGAAGAGGUUGGUUGAUUAUGAAACCGUGAAUUUGACCGAGAAUUGUAGUGUAAUCAUCCAACAAAUGAUGCCGACAAAGAUGAAAGAUCCGGGAAGCUUCAACAUUUCUUGUGUGAUCAGGAUAGUUUUAGAGGUGAUUAAUCCAUGAUAGUAACUUGAAGCAACACUUUAUAUAAUGUUUUACUUGUCUACGAGGCCAUUGAUACUUGUUGAUUACUUUUUUUCUAUUGAGGCAAUGAUGACACUCCAACAUCCUUACAUGAGUUUGUUUCUUAUUUCUUUCUUCUUGUUUGAGGACAACCAAGUGUUUAAGUUUGGGGGAGUUGACAAACUCAUAGUUCAGGAUGGUUUUAGAGGUGAUUAAUACAUGUUUUUGUUGAAUUAAGGUGUUUAUUAUAGGUUUUCACCCAUUUAUUCAUCAAUUAGAUGAAGUAAUGAGUUCGUUGGAAUUUUGAAGUAAAAACAGGUUAAAACGGGCAAAACGGAGCGAACGGGGUGAUUCCAGAGAGUUUCCCCGGUCGGGCAUUUUUCAUUCGAAGAAACGCCCGCCCGGGCAUUUUGCAGAGAUUGCGGGUUCCAGAGAUAACAACCGGUCGGGCAUUUUGUUAUUUGUGGAUCGCCCGGUCAGGCGUUUUGCGCAGACUCUUUAUUUUGCUGAUUUUCGCUCCGGAUAUAAAAGGUGACUUCACACAUUUGAGCCCUAGCUCCCACACGAAGAUUUUGAGCAAGACAACAAGGUUUUGAAGAGGAUUUGAAGGCUUAGGAGCUUCCCCUCUCAAGAGAUUGAAGGAGAAGACUCUCCACUAUCAUUUCUACCAUAGGGAGUUCUAGAUUCUAUUUUCUAUCCAUGUCUUUUUCCAUUUGCUUUGUUUUCCUUUUUAUUUCAUCUUUGAACAUGAGUAGCUAGAUUUUCCUUAGGGAUGUGGUAAUUUUGUAUGGAAUCCAUGGGUUGAUCGUUGAUUUAUGCUAUCUAUCUCUUGUGUUGGUUA